AGAAGGAGGCCUGAGGACCUGAGGGUUGGGGGCUGGGAGCCUGAGAGGCUGGGCCACCUACCUCCAGUUCUGUGGGUAAAGUGGGGGAGAGCAGAGAGCUGUCUUCAGCGUGGGGCAGUGAGUAGCGCUGACUUCCUGCUCCUCUCUCUCCUCCCACUUCUCCGCCUCCACCCCGAGGAGGAAGGCCGGCAAGCAGGCAGCCAGGAAACUCAGUCGGCGGAGCCAUGGGAAGCGCCCGGGACCACAUCCUGGCAGCUCUGGAAAACCUCACUUCGGAUGAAUUCAAGAAGUUCAAGACCAAGCUGCUCAGCUGCCCCUUGAGGGAAGGCUUUGGCCGGAUCCCCCGGGGGCCCCUGCUGAACAUGGAUGUGAUAGAUCUCACAGACAAGAUCGUGACAACUUACAUGGAGGCUUAUGGACUGGAGCUGACCACUGCCGUCCUGAGGGACGUCAACCAGGCUGAGGCUACUGCCCUGCAAAUGGCCGCAGGUCCCGCUACUCCAGGACCUGUUCUAUCUGGACCUGCCUUUGGUGAAGCAGGGCAACAACACUUCGUGGAUAAACACCGACAAGCUCUCAUUAAUCGGGUCACCUCGGUGGACGCUAUCCUGGACGCCUUGUAUGGGAAAGUGCUGAGUGAAGAACAGUACCAAGCCAUCCGGGCAGAGAAGCCCAGCACUAAGCAGAUGAGGCAAUUGUUCGAAUUUUCUCUAUCCUGGGAUCGCUCCUGCAAAGACCAGCUCUUCCAGGCCCUGAAGGUGAUCCACCCCUUCCUGGUGAAAGAUCUGGAAAACAGCUGAAGGACAAGCCUUCACAUUCUCCCCACUCAGAUCUCCAAUCAAACCGUUCAGCAAUAGAUUUGAAAUUUUUCAAGUUUAAAUAAAAGAAACAAAGAUCUCA